AUGUCUAGACCGACGCUUUGUCUAUUAGUGCUCUGGGUUUCAGCUGUUUUUGUGCAAGGUGAUUCAAGAAAUCGGGAGAGAAUCGAAGUGAUUCUCGAGGAACUCGAGGGGCAGGUUCUCGAGCUUGAAGAGGAAUUGUUACGGCGUCAACAACCACCCCGCUGGCAGCAAGACCCAAUCACCGAUUACUCGGAAAUUGCGGUCGAUACUGGUGGAUUGCCGAGGGCAGAAGUUGAGGCCAUUCUCCACGAAAAUGGCUUCAGAUUGGUCUCGCAGCACCCCGGCUUGCCCAACAUUUUCCUGGCCGCCCGAGUCGGGUAUCGAAGUCGAGAGAAGAGGGAAAUGCGAAGUUGGGAGGGAUUUGAGAGUCGUUUCGAAUGGGUCGAACCGCUCGCCCGGCUAGCCGUCGUAAAACGAGCACCGCUGGGCAAAUGGAAUGAUCCGCAUUUUAGCAGGCAGGCUGAACAGUUUGAUACAAUGGGCUUCACAAAGGCGUGGGAGCUCGGCUUGACCGGCAAAGGUGUUCGGAUAGCCGUCGUGGACGAUGGCGUCUCCUUCACAGCAAGCCCCGAGCUCACCUCAACUACUCAUGAUCGAAUCCCGGCCGAAAUGUUUGGAAUGGAGCCCGCUGAUGGGGAGAAUUACAGACACGGUACACUUUGUGCCUCAGUCAUCGCAAUGAAGGGCAAUAAUUCGGAGUGUGGCGUUGGGGCUGCGCCGGGUGCGACUAUUAUCGAUACCCCACUUCUUACUCGCGUCACUACGGACUAUUCGGAAUCGGUGGCGAUGGCCCAGCAAGCCGACAUCUUCACAUGCAGCUGGGGCCCGCCGGAUGAUGGCAUCAGCGCGUUGGGACCUUUGACGUUGGCCCAGAAAGUGAUCAGUGGCCAAGCCGAAAAGGGUCGUUCCGGUCUUGGAUCACUCUUCGUCUGGGCCGCCGGUAAUGGCGGGAAAACUUUUGACGAUUGUGCACUCGACGGUUUCGUCUCGAAUCCGAUGAUUAUUGGGGUCAGCUGGAGCAAUCUGAACGGCACGGCGCCGCCGGAUUCCGAGGGUUGCCCGGCCAUUCUCACGUCCGUUGUUGCUGAUAAUCUGGGCGAACAGGUUUCCGUCGAUUCGCGAGGGCAAUGCUCACCCGCUUUCUACGGUUCCUCGGCGGCCGCGCCGGUGGUGGCCGCUGGCCUCGCGAUUUUACUUGAAAAAUACCCCAAAUUGACGCGCCGCCAAAUCAACCACCUGAUCGUACACGGCGCCAACGCUGAGCACUACCAAAAGUUUGCAGCUUCGGACUGGACGAAGAACGCUGCGGGACUUAAUUUCAACAGGUUGCUUGGAUUCGGUGUAUUUUCGGUGGAACGGAUGUUGGCGCUGGUGUCCUCUCUCGCAAACCCCGCCCCAGAACAUCUACAAUGCGUGAAAAGGUUCCAGAUUCAAGGUGGAUCAAACACUUUUGGCGAACUGGCCGCACAAUUGAGCGUGAAGAGUUGUGAUAUGAAAUAUCUGGAACAUUUGGAAGUGGGCGUCACGUUGGUGCAUCCGAGGAGGGGAGAUGUCAGGAUACGGUUGCGGUCGCCUGCUGGUACAUGGGUAACCGUGCUCGAGCGUCGACCGCUCGACACAACGUCCACGGGCCUUGAAUGGAAUUUCACAAUUUCGCAUUUCUGGGGCGAAGAUCCGACCGGAGAUUGGGUUAUAGAAUUCGACGAUAAAGUGUCCUCAAAGAAGCGCGGCAAAAUUUUGGCCGUGUCGCUAAUCCUGCACGGAACAAUUGAGCCGUCAUUUUCGAGGGCUAAACGGUUUUCGCUGGAUGAAGCGGCAGCGGGGGGUUCAUCACACAGCUGGCUGCUGGCAAUGCUAUUCUCGGUGUUGUUCUCCCUGGUGGUGUACGGUGGAUUGGAGUAUCUCGGAAUUCAACGGAGAAUCCGGCGAAGCGAGUCGUCGUGGAGAAUAUUGGAAGAAGCCGACGAAGGUGAAGAAGAAGCCCGCGAAGAAAUUGAUAUGGCUGAAGCA